AUGUCCCCGGAACCUCAUUUCGAUUCAGUUUCGUGUAAGAUAUGGAAGAAAAUCGAGAAAUCAAUUCGCAACAAAGGCACCUCUCGACCAGAUCCAGAAAGCCAAACAAGUCAACAACAACAACCUCCAUACGAGAAACGGCUGUGCUGCAAGCCAUAUCACAGAAACAAGGUGCAAAGGGAGCUUUCCUGGCUUUCCAAAAUCUUGACAGUGGAUGGAACUACGCACGAUCCCCAUACCCAUGGCUUUGAGGAUACGCCUGUUUCUCAGGGUGGAAAACACCAUACAAAAGUAGCUCAGAACAUCAAAACCUGGGAGUCUAAACCGGAGAUUGCUGAGAACAUGAACAAAGAGCCAGCGGGUGCAUUCAUACGGUUCACCUGGAAAGACGGAGUCUUAGCCAACGGAUCCGGACAACUAGAUCGGUUCUUAUCAACCGGCUCCAUACUACACAGCCGUUGGCAUGUCGCUGGGUUUCUCCGGAACGAAAGCUUUGCAGACGUCUACUCGCUAAACAAACCUCCCCUCACUCUUUUGUCGGGAGAAAUCGGAGCAUCACUGGAGGCACACGUAUUCCUCGAUGAGUACUAUGGAAACUGCGCCGCCUACGCCAGUCGCUUGAAGAACCGCAUGCGACAAAGCGGAAACUGCCUCGACAUUUUCUGGCACAGCGGCAGGCACGUGUUUAUAAUGAAGUUGCCAAAUAAGCCUGUUCUGUUCAAAUUACGUAACACGAAGGAAGAGUUUCCUGCUCUUGUCGAUCAAGACAAGUGCAAUGAGAGGAUGGCUCUACAGCGUCGCCGUUUCCGUGGCAGACCUAGUUUUGCAGUAACGGCUGGAGGUGAGUGGCCAGAUGCAAGUCCAGAGUUUCGACCGGUGCCGGUGAAUGAAGGCAAAUCCGCGCUGGAGAAGGAGUUGGAAAGGAUUGAAAAGGCGCGGGUGAAGAAGGCGGAGAGGCAGAGAGUGAAGCGGAAGUUGCAAAGGGAGAAAAAGCAUGUGGAGAAGGAAUGCAGAUCGGUUAUACCAAUGGCGCUUAUGGGUUCUUCAUGA